UCCCACAGACUUUUUGGCUUUUGGCUGGAGCUUCCACUAGAAUCGUGAGCAAUCCCAUUUGUUGCUGACGUUAAGCUUCUUCCAUAAGGAGGCUUCAUUUUUCCCCUUUUCAAAUAAACCCACCAACUGAAAACUGGAUCCAUCGUGCUACUCGCAACCCAUGCAAAACAGAAACACUUCGCUCGUGCUGUGAACACGUGCUGAAUUCGCCGGCGCCGGCUGCGGUGGCCAGAAAAUGAUCGGCUCGUGGGUUGCUCUAGUUUUGCUCUUGUGGGAGCUGUUUUUGAGCUCUUUGGUUCAUUUGGUGUACGGCUUGUAUAUUUUCAGCUCCGCCGUCGCCGGAGACUUUUCAGAGGCUCUCAGUUCACGGUUUCGUAAAGGUAAUUUGGUGAAUUUUGAGGCUAAAACAGUGGGGCCGAUGAAGUCGUUAGCGUUACCAUCAUCAAGCAAUCUUCCUCCGAUCGUUUUGGUCCAUGGAAUCUUUGGUUUUGGAAAAGGGAGAUUGGGAAACUUGUCGUACUUUGCCGGAGCUGAGAACAAAGACGAGAGGGUUCUAGUGCCUGAUUUGGGGUCCUUAACCAGCAUUUACGACAGGGCUCGUGAAUUGUUCUACUGUCUGAAAGGUGGGCGAGUCGAUUAUGGCCAAGAACACAGUGAAGUUUAUGGUCACUCGCGAUUCGGCCGGUUCUACCAACAAGGGCACUACCCUGAAUGGGACGAGGAUCAUCCUAUUCAUUUGGUGGGCCAUUCAGCCGGAGCUCAGGUUGCUCGUCUGCUCCAACAAAUGCUGGCCGACAAGGCAUUCAAAGGGCACGAGAACACUUCUGAGAAUUGGGUUUUAAGCGUAACGGCCAUAUCAGGGGCGUUCAACGGAACCACAAGAACUUAUUUGGACGGAAUGCAACCAGAAGAUGGAGAAACCAUGAAACCUAUAAGUCUGUUGCAGCUGUGCCGAGUUGGGGUCAUAGCUUAUGACUGGUUGGACAUCACGUGGUUGAAAAAAUAUUACAACUUUGGAUUUGAUCAUUUCAACAUGUCAUGGAGGAAAAGUGGUGUUUUGGGUGUGUUGAAAUGUUUGUUGGGAAAUGCAGGUCCAUUUGCUUCUGGGGAUUGGAUUCUGCCUGAUCUUACAAUUCAGGGAUCAAUGCGAUUGAACCGCCGUCUUCAGACGUUUCCCACCACAUACUAUUUUAGCUAUGCUACGAAGCCUGCAAGGAAAAUCUUUGGCCUCACAGUUCCUUUUAGCAUCAUUGGAAUCCACCCUCUGCUUUCUCUCAGAGCAUUGCAGAUGAGCUGGUGGCGCUUUCCUUCCCCGCCGUAUAAGGGCUAUCGGGACGAGGAUUGGCAGGAGAACGAUGGGGCAUUAAACACAAUAUCUAUGACUCACCCACGUUUCCCAGUUGAACAUCCAAGCCAUUUCCUUCUGAAUGAAUCUGAAUUUCAGUCUUGGGAACCAGGCGUCUGGUACUACAAGAUUGUGGAAGCAGAUCACAUAUCAUUCAUUAUAAAUCGGGAGCGAGCAGGAGUUCAAUUCGAUCUGAUAUACGAUGGCAUUUUUGAGCGUUGCAGAAAACAUGCAUUUAGGAGGAAUAAACUCACCUUGCCAAACCAAGUACAUUGAAGUGCAACCGUCCAAUAAACUCGAGAGAAUUUUUACUUUCCUAAAUUUAUGUUUACCUUGUAGUUUCUGUUAGAUUAAUGUUAUUUAUACAGUUUUUGCUCAUA